GCGGGGCGGGGGGCCAUGAGGCGGGCGGCCGUGAGACGGCCGGGGGCGGCGGCGGGGUGCCGCGUGGGGAGCGGCGGCAGGGCGGGCGGGGAGGAGGAGGAGGAGACGGGCCCAGAGCUGGGAGAUGAGGCUGACCUGUCGUUGGAAGAACGGCUGCGGAUGCAGAACGCGGCCGGAACGAGAGCGUGCCGGCAGCUGAGCGAUGGGAAGAAAACAGCAACGCCUAGCAGAGCUCCGGUGAAGCAGCAGCUGAACAAAAAGGGGCCAGUGGAGAUGUCUGCCAAGAAACCCAUGCCUUUUCUGCGACAAGUUGUCCCUGUUACAAAGAAGGUCCACAGAGACCCUCGAUUUGAUGACCUGUCUGGAGAGUAUAACCCUGAAAUAUUUAUGAAGACGUACGGCUUCCUGGACACCAUCAAGAAGCAGGAGAAGGAAAUGGUUCAGAAGCAGCUGAAAAAAUGCCGGAAUAUGGAACAGAAGGAGAAACUGCAGCAGCUCCUGAACCGCAUGACACAGCAAGAACAGGCACAGCAAAAACAGCAAAAACAGAGGGAAAGGGAGCUGACUUUGAAAAGACAGCAACGGGAGCUGGCCAAGCAGGGAAAGAAACCCUUCUUCCUAAAGAAGUCUGAGAAACGGAAAUUGGAGCUAGCAGAGAAGUAUGCAGAGCUAAAGAGGAGUGGAAAGCUGGAGAGCUUCCUGAACAAGAAAAGAAAGAGGAAUGCUGUCAAAGAUAAGCGCCGUUUGCCCACACAGAAGAACCUGUGACUGCUGCACAGACGUGCUGUUACCUGGAGAGGUGGUGCUGGCACUGGGAUUCACUCUGGCCAGGCCUGGAAGGUGGCAGCCUCCCUUCUCAUUUUCUGCCUUCUGCUGUAGUGAUGCUGUUAGGCAGCGAAGUCUGAACAGGAAAAAAAAAUGUGCUUUCGGUAGCUGAAGAGACCCCUGCACUUGUGUUUUACAUCAUACCUGGGUGGUGACAAGCCUGUCAUGCAGAUGCAUAUGGUGCUGAUCAGGCACCUGCUCUGCCUGUAGCUAGGAGAGCUCAGACUGUGCCCUGCACUGCUGGCUCUUCUCCAUGUCUUACUGGGUCCCAAUGAAAAGGGCAUCAGGUGGGAGGGUAAUGAUCUGGUCUGCUCAGAGCAGGGCCAGCACUGCGUUCAGACCAGGAUGCUGAAAGCUUGCUUCAUAUGGGUUUGCAGAUGUACAGGGAUAAAGGGUGCUACCAUUCUGGACCCCCGUUCCACUGCUUCAAGUUCUCAAGGUGAAACUCCUUUUUCCUCCAGGAAUCUUGCCUAGUUUUAGUCUGUGAUCGCUGUCUUGUUCUCAAUGAAGUGCCUGGCUGUGUCUUGUUAAAAA